GGCUGAUGAGCUGGCAUUGUGGUUUCCGGGGCCCGCUUUCGGUCUUUUGUGUGGCCCCAACUGGCUCAACGUCGACGCAUUCACCCUUCAAUUCGUCACUCUUGCUCUCCUAUGGGGCCUUUUGUCUUCUGUCUCUCCGCUUUUGGGCAACGAGACCGUCCAUUCAUCGUUCAUUCCAGAAGGAAGUUCCUCCAUCCCACUUUGGAGAUGCCCCUCAGGGCCAAUGCCCUUUUUUCUUUUUUUCUUUUUUUCUCUUCAUACCCGACAGUGAACAUCGUUUGCUGGCCAGGGCGGAAAAAAAAUGUCAAGCAAAGAAAUGAGAGGGGCUCUGAGUUGUCCAACCUCUCGGAACUGGCACCUCUGCUUGUGUACCACAUCUUGCUUCCUCUGAUACCUUUACCCUCUUGCUUGUCACCAUAUAGAUCUGGUUUCUGUGGGGACAGCUGGUCCCUUUGCCCUGGUCUUCUGGCGUUUCUUCAAGGGUAUACCUUUGGUCGGCGUGCGCCGGGCCGUUCCAGCUUGCAGCCUCAAAAUGAUCCGCAUGUUCUCCAUGCAACCUAUGUUCCUUGAGUGGAGGGUAAGGGAGGGGGGAAAUUUGCUGACGCUGUGCCAUGUCCACAGUAACAUGCAUAAGCCUGUCUGUUAGGUUUGAUGGUUAGGCUCCAUGUUUGUCACGCCAAAACAGUCUUGCUUGCACACAGAAAAAACGCUUUGGGGUUAAGUGAUGGCCCACAGUUUAUAUGACUCCCCGCUUCCCAUAUCCAUCAAAGCCGUUUCGAGGGGAAGAAACAGGACAAAAAUUUUGUUCAAUUG